AUGCAGGACCUCCAUGAGCGGCCCAAAGAGGCCGGUGUACACCCGGCUUUGCUUCUCCAAGAGAUCCUGAGCCACACGCGGCGAAUGGCGUCGGCCGUGGACCACGCCUGGCGCGAAUGCGAAGUUGCCUGGUAUUUGCACCUGGCACUGCCACUGCACUGGUGCGGCGUAUGGUGCUGCACACAGGAGGAUCCGAGCUUGUCCAAAUGUGCGGUGACCCUCGUCAAGGCGCGCUGUGAGCUGCUCCUCCAGAUGGUUCUUGCCUGGGAACACACCGACUUGCAUAGCUACGAUCACUUGAAGUGCUGCUAUAUGCUCUACCUGGCCUUCAAGGAGAUGUGUAAACUACCUCUGUCCAGCAACCACUUUUGGGCUCCCCUGGUGCAUCACGAG